AUGACAUCUAUUAUUAAAGUACGUGCGAUCUCUGGUGGAGCAGACAGUGACUCUCCACAAUGUUAUAUUCUUGAAGUAGAUGAACUUCGUUUAUUGUUAGAUGCUGGAUGGGAUAUUUCACAAAAUUCUUUACAUCAAAUUAAUGAAAUUAAAAAAUAUGUUCACACUGUUGAUGCUGUUCUUUUAUCAUAUCCGGAUCAGAAUCAUCUCGGAGCUCUUCCAUAUCUGGUAGGAAAAUGUGGUCUUAAUUGUCCCAUCUACGCAACCAUUCCCGUCUACAAAAUGGGUCAAAUGUUCAUGUAUGAUAUUUUUAUGAGCCACUACAAUCAAUAUGAUUUUGAUUUAUUUUCACUGGAUGAUGUUGAUGCCGCUUUUGAAAGAAUAACGCAAUUAAAAUACAACCAAAGUGUUUCGUUGAAAGGAAAAGGUCAAGGAAUUACAAUUACACCUUUACCAGCUGGAAGAAUGAUUGGUGGAACCAUUUGGAAGAUUGUAAAAGUUGGAGAAGAGGAUAUUGUGUACGCCACUGAUUUCAAUCAUAAAAAGGAACGACAUUUGAACGGCUGUGAACUUGAGAAACUUCAACGUCCAUCACUUCUCAUUUGCGAUUCAUAUAAUGCAAAAUAUCAACAAGCCAGACGUCGAGCAAGAGAUGAAAAGCUUAUGACAAACAUCCUUCAAACAUUAAGAAGUAAUGGAAAUGUUUUAAUUGCUGUCGAUACUGCAGGUCGUGUUCUUGAAUUAGCUCACAUGCUCGAUCAACUCUGGAAGAACAAAGACUCAGGUUUGAUGGCAUAUUCACUUGCCUUACUCAGCAAUGUUAGUUACAAUGUGAUUGAGUUCGCAAAGUCACAAAUCGAGUGGAUGAGCGAUAAAUUAAUGAAAAGCUUCGAAGGUGCACGCAACAAUCCAUUUCAGUUUCGUCAUCUUCGUUUGUGUCAUUCGUUAAAUGAACUUUCGAAAAUUCCAAGUCCAAAAGUUGUUCUUGCCAGUAGUCCAGAUUUGAUGAGUGGAUUUAGCCGUGAAUUAUUUGUACAAUGGGCUCAUAGUCCAACUAAUAGCAUCAUUUUAACAACCAGAACAGCGCCAGGUACACUCGCAAAGGAUCUGAUUGAAAAUGGUGGUGGAAGAAGAAUCGAAUUGGAAAUCAAAAAUCGAAUUGAACUCGAAGGAGCUGAACUUGAUGAUUUCAUGAGAACUGAAGGAGAGAAACAUCGACCAACAAUCCUCAAACGUGACAAGGAAGAAGAAUCAAGUUCAGAUUCAGAAGAUGAUGACAUUGAGAUGAAAGUUAUCACAGGAAAGCACGACAUUGUCGUACGACCUGAAGGCCGAACACAUUCUGGAUUCUUCAAGUCAAGUAAAAAACAAUUCGCAAUGUUUCCAAUGCAUGAAGAAAGAAUCAGAUUUGAUGAAUAUGGCGAAGUAAUUCAACCAGAAGAUUAUCGCAUUGCUGACAUUGGAACAGAUGCACAAGAUGAGAAUAACAAAGAGAAUCAAACAAUAAAAGUUGAAGACAUAAAGAAAGAAAAGAUUGAAGGUGGAGAAAUUCUUCCGAUUGAAAAGCCAACUCGUUGUGUUGUGACUAAGAAACUCAUCGACGUAAGAGCACAAAUUCAAUUUAUCGAUUUCGAAGGACGAUCAGAUGGUGAAUCGUUAAUGAAAAUUUUGUCACAACUUCGACCACGGCGUGUAGUUGUUGUGAGAGGUGGCGAAGGUUGCAGUCAGUUAGUCGCAAGUCAUUGUGAACAAAAUAUUGGAUCGAAAGUGUUUACGCCAAGAAAUGGCGAAGUCAUUGAUGCGACAACUGAAACUCACAUUUAUCAAGUUCGUUUAACUGAAGCACUGGUUUCAGAGCUUGAAUUCCAAAAAGGAAAAGACGCUGAAAUUGCUUGGAUUAAUGGAAAAAUCACAAUAAGAAAUAAAGUCAUUGAAAGUGCAACUGGGAAUCCGACACCGAUGGAAGACGAUGAUCAUGUCGAGAUAACUGACGAUGCUUCAAACAGAAUCAUCGCUUUGGAUCCUUUGUCAGUUGAUGACAUUCCACCACACGACUUUGUUUUACUCAACGAACUUAAACUCGCCGACUUCCGUCAAGUUCUCAUGAAGAAUAAUAUUCAGUCAGAAAUUUCUGGUGGAAUGUUGCUGUGUUGUAAUGGAACAAUCGCUCUGAAAAGAAUUGACACAGGAAAAGUCACAAUCGAAGGAUGUUUGUCUGAAGAUUAUUACAAAGUCAGAGAAUUACUUUACGAACAAUAUGCGAUUGUUUAA